AUGUGCGACCAGCAACAGAGGCAGCCCUGUCUGCCACCCCCAGACUGCUGCGUGAAAGGGUCUUCUUUUGUCCCCUCCCCAUCCUUUGUCCCCAUAAAAGGCCAGGCCUCUGGCGAAUCUAAUGUAGGCUCAGGAAAGGGUCAAGCCCCAAGUCAGUCCCAGAUAUGCUAUGUUCAGUGCCAGGCCCCAUGCCAGGCCCAGGAAUCCUAUGUAGAAUACCAAGUUGCACAGCCUGUCCAGACCGCCUAUGUACAAUGCUCUCCAGUUUGUUGUGCUGAAACUUACUAUGUGCAGUGCCCAGCUGUGUGCCCCGUGGAGACCUAUGUACCAGUCCCAGCUCCUCAACCAGUUCAGACUUAUGUGGAGUACUACCCUCAAUGCCAGACUCAGGGGUAUUACAGCAGCAGUGCUCCUCAACGUCAGUCUCAGGGGUACUAUACCAGCUGUACCUCUCAACGCCAGUCUCAGUACUAUGGCAGUGGUGCCCUUCAGAGUCAAUGUCAAGGAUCCUACAGCAGCUGUUCCCCUCAAAUUCAAUAUCGCCCCUCUCGGCCUGCCUUUCGUAGCUGCUCUCCUCCACGCCGACCUCAGCCAUCCUAUGUCAGCUGCACCCCUCCACGCACGUCUCGGCCCGCCUAUCGGAGCUGCUCUCCUCCAUGUGUCCCUCCGCGAUUGUCAAGGCCUGCUUAUCAGAGCUGCUCCCCUCCAUGUGGCCCUCCAAGCACGUCUCGACCUGCCUAUCAGAGCUGCUCCCUUCCUCCAUGUACAUCUAGGCCAGCCUAUCGGAGCUAUUCACCUCCAUGUAGCCCUCCACCCACGUCUCGGCCUGCCUAUCAGAGCUGCUCCCUUCCUCCAUGCACAUCUAGGCCCGCCUAUCGGAGUUGCUCCCCUCCAUUUAUCUCCUCACGCAGGUCUAGACCCGCCUAUCGGAGCUGCUCCCCUCCAUGUGGCCCCCCACGAUUGUCAAGGCCCACCUAUCGGAGCUGCUCUCCUCCUCGCAGAUCUCAGUCUACUUAUCCUUACUGUACUCCUCCACGCCAAUCUCAGCCUUGCUAUAAUAGCUGCCCUGCUAGGCGUCCAGCUUCAGGGUCUUCCCAGAGGUGUGGUCCCAAAUACCGUGUAGAAAUUUCCUCUCCCAACUGCCCUGCUCAGGUCCCCCCAAGGAGGCAGCCUGUCCAGAUCCCCCCUAUCCGACGCACCUGCCAGGGUUCUAGUACACAAUAUUCUUGUAGCGCUCCCUGCCCACGUCCACGCCAAGAUUCAUGGUCACCCCCGGAACGACGGCAGAGGCCAUGCCCACUCCCAGCUCCGCGCUCAUGCUGGCAACCGCGCCCUGAACCAUGCUCUGCACCCCGGCCUGAGCCACGGCCUGUACCACGGCCCGAACCAUGCUCUGCACGCCAGCCCGAGCCAUCACCACGGCCCUGUUUGGAGCCCUAUCCAGAGCCUUGCCCUCAUCCAGAGCCACCACACAUAGAAUCGCAUGGCCCUAGCAGUCCUUGUAACUACUCAGUACCACGUCCGUGCCCACCUUCUUGGCCAUGUUCUCCUGGCUGUCAUGAAUCUGAUCCUCAUCACCUAGAUAUCGAGCCACCUCCCUGUGGCCCUGCUGGAUACAAUGAGGAAGAAGUCUUUGGUCCUGCAGGAUGCUCAGGGCAGCAAGAUACAGGUGGCUGUGGUACCAAAGGCGGAGUGAAGAGCUGCUAUUUCUAA